CUGAAGGAAUCCAGCCACCGAGCUCGGUGCAAAGGAUGGUGACUGCCAAGGUGUGGGUUCUGAAGAAGCAUUUUGAGGGAUUCCCCAAAACCAGUGACUUCGACCUGAAAAAGAUAGAGCUGCCAAACCUAAAGGAUGGAGAGUUGCUGCUUGAAUCAGUGUUUCUCAGUGUUGAUCCUUACAUGAGACCUUACAGUCAAAGGGACAUGAAGGAAGGAGACAUAAUGAUAGGGACACAGGUUGCCAGGAUUGUAGAAAGCAAUAAUCCUGCUUUCACAGUGGGGGCCUUUGUUGUGGCUAGAAGUGGCUGGAGAACUCAUUUCAUCUCUGAUGGGAAAGACCUACAACUCCUUCCUUCCAGUUGGCCAGAAUCACUCCCCAAAUCUCUGGCUCUUGGGACGGUUGGCAUGCCAGGCCUCACUGCGUAUUUUGGUCUGCUGGAGGUCUGCAAGAUGAAGCUAGGAGACACAGUGCUGGUUAAUGCUGCAGCUGGUGCUGUGGGCUCUGUGGUGGGGCAGCUCGCUAAAAUUGGGGGUUGCAAGGUGGUUGGCUGUGCUGGCUCAGAUUACAAGGUUGCCUAUCUGAAAAAAAUAGGCUUUGAUGAAGCCUUUAAUUACAAGACUGUUGUAUCUCUGGAUGAAGCACUGCGGAAAGCCUCUCCUGAUGGCUAUGACUGUUUCUUUGACAACGUGGGUGGAGAAUUCACCAGUAUUGCUAUCAACCACAUGAAGAAAUAUGGAAGGAUUGCAGUCUGUGGAGCCAUCUCUCAGUACAAUGACUCUGUGCCUCAGAAAGGGCCAUAUGUGCAGGUUCCAAUGAUCUUCAAAGAGCUUCGAAUGGAAGGAUUUAUUGUGACCCGCUGGAAUAACCGCUGGGAGGAAGGUCUGAAGGCCCUGCUAAAAUGGGUCGUGGAGGGAAAAGUGAAAUGCCAUGAACAAGUCACUGAAGGAUUUGAGAACAUGCCAAUGGCAUUCAUUGGAAUGUUAAAGGGAGAAAAUCUUGGAAAAGCCAUUGUGAAAGUCUGAAGGUCACAUAUUCCUGGGGGACUGGCGCAGGAGAAUGUGAUUCUGUUAAGUGCUUUUAACUCACUGAUUGAAAGGUGUGCUUCAGUCAUUUUGCUGGACAUUUGGUGAUGAUACCUUCCUGUUAAUAACUGGGCUAAUAAUUGUAAGUAUAUGCCAGUUGCUUUGCUCUUGAAGAACUUGAGAGUUGCUUCCCAAAGCUACACAAAAAAAAGUGCCUUAAAACUGCUGAACUUCAUCAGAACUCUAACAGAUUUAAUAGCAGCUUGAACCUUUCUACAACUCAACUUGUAGAAAGGAAAAGCAAUUCCAAAAGCUUUGCCAGCUGAUCACACAUCUGAUGACUAAUGUUUACCCAUUGAUUUGGCCCAGAACUCGGCAAGAGGGAUGUUUUUAACCAGUAUCAAGGAGCAAAAUACAGGCCAACAACACCUGGGGGUUCCUAGCUUCCUCAAUGGCUGGCUUUUGGUUUUUUUUUACUUUCAUCAGGAAAUGUAGAUAUCUCAGUUAUUCUGAGAUUAUAGAAAGAAAAAAUAAAUCUGUUAAUGGAUACUUUGCUUGUCUUGUAGGUCUGUUUGUGGAAUGCCCUCCUCUUUACUUCCUUGCAGUUAACACGAGAGUGGCUAAAAUACUACAAGCACUUAUUUAUCCCAGGAGCUCUUACAGUACAGGUGAUACAGAUAGGUCACUUAUUUCCUUGAGUAAUUAGGCCAUUGGUGUCCAAGCUUAGAGUUCACCUUGCCAUAGUGUUCACCCUGGCUCUCCUGGAAGAUGAGGUCAAUAUGCUGGCCCUAGCUAUGUUAAAUUGGUGCUGAGUGAAGGAGACAAACAGGUUAGCAACAAUAAAUGUAUUGAAAAAGCCAGAACAAGAACCUGUUAGUAUGGGAUACAGACAGGUAUUGAAGGUGAUGGUGAACCAUCUUCAACCACUGUGGAGGACAGCUUGGUUAAUUUUUAUGUCUCAUUGAUCUGCGAAGAGGAAUCCUAAGUGGCUACAAUGUCUUUGCAGUGCUAGGAUUAGAUGCUCUGUCUGUCAACAAGAAGAGAUCACUUACUUAAGAUGUAGACCAACCAAAACUUGCUGAGUGGGCUGAACAAAACACAUGUCCUGAAAUACAGGUUGACUGGCCACUGGGGAAAUACUGCAUCUUGGUACAAGUAGGGAAGAGGUUCUGGUUGCUUUAUAGGGUUUUCUGAGGAGAACAAACUGCCAGUUUGGGUUAGCUCCAGUGCUGUGGUUUUCAGCUGGCCUCUGAGAAAGAUCUGUGGAUUAAUACCACUGCACAGCAUGGAAAAUGAUAAACCAGAAAAGGGAGUUUGUUGUCAGUAGGCUUCAGAUCCACUGUUUAGAGGUAUGCUAUUGUUUAGCGCAUUUUUAUUCGGAAAUUUUCAGAGGGCUUGCAAGUCUUAAAAUACUGAAUUGUUUUAAGUCCAGUGAAUUCAUGAUCUCUUGUUUCAAGUUAAGUUGUGAUUUGGGCAGAAACUAAAUAUAGCUUCAUGGAGUUCCUGCCCCGUGGUCGGAGUUGCAGAAAGAUUUGUCUGUCAGAAUAAUCCUGGCUCAGCCUGCUGUCUCAUAAAAUACUGACCUGUACGUUCCCCUUGCUAUCUGUGUACACAUUUCAUGCUUCAUGAAUUGCAGCUGAUUUUGCAAAGCUGUUUUACCCCCAAAACAUAAUUAUUUUUGUAAAACCAACACCCUGCCCCCUCCCCCCCCAACCUCUGAACUUUACUGAGGAACAUAACUUGGAUUUUCAGGAGCAAAUAGCUUUCUCUUACACACCAGAAUACUGCCAGCAUGUGAAUAAUUGGCAAUAAUAUCCCUCAUUGUCUGGCACUGUCCGGAGGUCUUGUGGUGGUUUGUCACCAUGAGCUUGGUUGUCCUUGAAGUUCUAAAGCUUAUGGAGAGAUACCUGAAUUUUUCCAUAAUGUCUUGAUGAAAAUAAAAAGGGAGUAUCAAAAACACAGAAUUUUUUUUUUCCUUGAUAGUCAUGGGAAUGAGACUGUCAGUGGUACCAGGGAGGGUGAGGGUCACAAAAGCUCUGUAUUUCUCCCCUCUAAUGAAGCAAACUAACCCUAUGAGUACAGUCAGUGUAACAAAGUGGAACAAGGUGCCAGUGCCCAGUGGAGAGCAAAGGCACAGUAACGUGUUGCUGGGAUAGGCCCUUUCUGCCAAUACAUGACUAUGUGUCCUUUUAGGCAGAGCAUUGGUAGUACCAUGGCAGUCUGUGGUGGUGCAUUUCCCCCCUCUCUCUGGGCUGAACUAUGAAUCUGGGGACUCGCUAGGCCUUAGCCCAAGUGUAAUGAGUUGGGUGGUUAAGCAUGCCUUGACUGUACCAGGAACUCUUGCUCGGCUAAGACAGGGAGCUGCACCGACAGUACCAAGGACUCCUGUUGCCUGGCAGAGGCUGGGGAUGGGAGUAGGAAUAAUUAGUCAUUUCCUGACAAUCUUGGGACCUAUCUCAGUCCUCUUCUGACAGCCUUGGAGCAUCCCUUAUCUGAAUCUUAAGUCACUCUCUGACAGCCUGGGAGCCUUCUUUAUCUGAAUCAUAACUCGUGAAAUGGUAGCAGUGCUAUUGGAAUCCCACUCGUUUGCUGAUGACUAAAGCCAAUCAUCUCAUGAACCUAUAAGCAGCAGUACUAAGUGAGACCCUUUGAGACCAGCAUCUUCCUCUGAGUGGGAUGCCUCUCAGAGCUCACGAACUCUGGAGUUUGUGAAGAUUGGAGGUCUGUUGCCAAAGCCCAUGGGACCUGGGCUGAAACUCUCCGCUCCUUGAGGCUCAACCCUUCGCCCGUUGAGAAAAAUGCUGAGGCGUUUGACGUGAAUAGUUUCACUGAACUCAAGGGGAAUUUUUAACAGGUAUACCUCUUUUACUUGCUUAUAUGUAUAUCUCUUAGUGUGUUCGUGCAUGUACUAAUCUGAAUAUUCUAUAGCAAGUAUAUUAAUCUAUACAUAAGUCACUGUCAUGAAUUUUAUUCAACUGUGAAUCAAUCUCAGGCUGCUAUUAUAAUCCCUUUAGACAUAAACCAUUGCCCAAGUCUGGGACUAGGAGUUGAUCCAGCUGCACCUAAGCUCCAACAGGAGUUUGGAAAGCAAGGAGGUCUUCUCUGAACCUUGUAACUCAACAGGAGGGUCUCCCCUACCUUUUUACAUUCCCGGUCUCUGUACAAAUCAAUUCUAAUUCGAUUUUCCUUUGUAUGUUUCUCUUUUACCUUAUUGCAUCUUCAGUCUUUGUAUACAUAAUUUUAGUUUGAUUCUAACUUAAUUUUGCUUUGUAUGUUUCCUUUGUACUUAAUCCAUGUAUUAAG